UUCUUGAGGUGGAGUGACAAAUCAGUAAUAACAAAUCAUAAUCUUAUAAAUGUGCCAUAUAUUACAAUAUAAUGGCCAUUAUCAAGGUGAUAAAGUUUCUGAUGUAUAAAAAUAAUGUUUGCAACUUCAAAUGUAGGCCUACAUUUAUUGUCUUGUAUGCUGUGAUUUGGGUGUAUUGUUCUGAAACCAGGACGAAAGUGAUUAAUCAAUUAGACAACACUGCCACCUUGUGUUAAAGUAUUUUAGUGCAAGACCUUUCAACGCAAUCCCCUCUUGUCACUGGUUGUCUCCUAUGGUUACUCUUUUGUGUGCUUGUCACCUUACUGGAUAUUAUGUAUAGAUAUUUAGCCAACAUCAUUGAUUACAGUUUUUAUUGGUAGAGUAGUUUAUAUUAAGCAACAUAAUUCAGGAUGAACGGAAUGAAAUCCUUUAUCUAGGAACCAAGCGCAACCGUGGACGUGUUUCUUUUCGGGCAUCACAAUUGUGACAAAUUUCCGAAGUACACAUUUCAGCAUGGCGUGUAGAAAAAUGUGUAACGUUGGAUCUCUAAUUGUGUACAGCAUAACGAUUGUUGCGGCGUUGUAAGUAUUCAUUUAGCUCUUUAUAGAGGUGAAAUAUUCCAGUUUUAACCAUGAGUACCGAUUAGUUGUUAUGUUAUUGUUACUUAGCAAAUGUAACUAACGUUAGCUAAUUGGUUCAUGUUUGAGCUUCUGAUCACGUUAGCAAAGCUAGCUAACUUACUGAGCUACAGAACGUUUGAAGUAUAUUGGGCUGUCAAAGGCUAGUCAUUUAGCAAGGUUAACUUUUUUAAAUGAGAUAUUAAGAGUAUAAAGUGGAGUCCUGGCUGGCAUUACUCUCACACUGCUUCCCACCCAAGAAAUCAGAACCGAGUUGACAGCAAGAUUUUCGAGACAUGAUGUGUAAAGUCAAACCAGAGAAAACGGACUCUGCUGCUUCUAAAAUGCCAAAAUCCAGUCAGAGCCAAGCGAAAAAGAAACCUCUAAAAACGUUUUCUCAACACACCAAGAAGAAAGAGCCCGUUUCAAAAGAUCAAGGUAAAACCAAGGCGUUGCUUCCCCCGAAAGAUGCCCAACAGUUUUCAACCAACUGGAAAACGUUACUAGAGGUGUUCAAAUCCAACCCCCCUCCGGUGAAAAAGCAACCGUUUCAGCAGAACUCAAAGAAGGAAAACCCUAAGAAACCCACUAAAGACAUUUCAAAGAAGGACGAGACUCAUAAGAAACCCACUAAAGACAUUUCGAAGGAGUUGGGGGUGGCGCAUAAGAAGCCUGCUAAGAACUUAUCAAAGACAGUGAAUGAUGCCAAGGCAACUAAGCCCAAGCAGGUGAACAGUGGGAAAGCAUGGCAGGACAGUGCUGUUCCUAGUAAAACUCAGGUGAAUGGGAUAGAUCCAGGACCAUCGGGGACAGAACAGCCCAAAGCCAAGAAGAGGAAACAGAGCAGUGUCCAGAUAGACAGCAAUGCACAGUUGAAGAAGAAGAAAGUAGAAGUGGAGGAAAAGAAACCCACUGAAUCCGACAUGUGGUUUGAUGAUGUGGACCCUGACGACAUUGAGGCCACAGUGGGAACAGAGGCAGCCGAUAUCAUGAGAAAGAUCCAAGGCACUCAGACACAUGCCCAGACCACAGAGAAAGCGCUGGUCAAGGACAGGGCAUUUGAGGGCCUGACCAAGGCGGUGGCUAUGGACUGUGAGAUGGUGGGUGUGGGGCCAGAUGGCGAGGAUAGCAUCGUAGCCCGGGUCUCCCUUGUCAACCAGUUUGGAAAGUGCAUUUACGACAAAUACGUCAAACCCACAGAGAAGGUGACGGACUACAGGACAGCUGUCAGUGGCAUCCGGCCAGAUGACAUCAGAAACGGUGAGAAUGUGAAGACCGUACAGAAAGAGGUGGCUGAGAUCCUCCAGGGGAGAACGCUUGUGGGACACGCCAUUCACAAUGACCUCAAGAUUUUGUUCUUGGAUCACCCAAAAAAGAGAAUCAGAGACACCCAGAAGUAUAAACCUUUCAAGAAAAUUGUGAAGAGUGGUCGGCCCUCUCUGAAACUCCUGUGUAGCGAAAUACUCAGUGUCAAAGUACAACAGGGAGAACAUUCAUCCGUCCAAGACGCCCAGGCGACCAUGAGGUUGUACACGGUGGCGAAGAAACAUUGGGAGGCAGAGAUCAAGGCUAGUCAUAACAACCCAGAAUUAACCAAGAAGACCAAGGAACCAAGGAAGCCCAAAUCUCCCAAACACAAAUGAACCUGACUGAACUGCAUCAGUCUGUAAUGGGACUGAGGACUCGCCCUUGACUAGAUGGCACAGGACAGGAGGCUUGAUUGGAUUAACAAGUGUGUCUUUUGGAAGUGGACUCGCACUUUGAGGUCUUAGUGAAUUGAGGAAUCUCUUUUGGUGACCCAUAAGGAUUACACAAAGCGGUUUGAUCAAAUUAAUUUGGACUUUAUUCAAAUCCCACUCAACCCUAAUCAUUCAGAAAGUUGGUCAUCAAAAACAGCCUAGUGCCAGUUUAACUAUGCAUCGAUCUUUCAUUCAUUGUCUGCUACAUCAUGUUUUCUUCUGGUUCGAAUGUUUUAAAAUGUGCUAUUUUUCUGAUCUAACAUCCAUGUCUUGAUGUUGAAUAUCUGCAGUUUCAAUUCCAAGUGUUUGGAUUAUUCGUUGCCUUUGUAUUUGAGAGUUUUUCAUGAAUUAAAAGUUAGAUAUUUAAAUCACAA